AUGUCCGCUGUCCAGCACAAGUUCCUCAAGCAAAAGUCCAUCGGUGUCGUUGGCGUCCCAUUCUCUGGCGGUCAGCCCAGAGCUGGUGUCGAUCAGGGCCCUCUCAAGAUCAUCGAGUUUGGCCUCCUUGACCAGCUCAAGGAGCUUGACUGGAAGGUCAAGUUUGACGGUCACCGCGAUUACAGCGUGAUGCAGCCCGCCUCCGACCCUCCAGUUGGCAAGCUCCUCAACGCUCGCUUUGUCUCGGCCGUGACCGAGUCUGUUGCUAACUCUGUUGCCGCGCACUUGAAGGAGGGCUCGCUUGCCUUGACCCUUGGAGGCGACCACUCGAUUGCCCUCGGCACUGUCUCUGGCACCAUGUCUGUCCACCCCAACGCCGGUUUGAUCUGGGUUGAUGCCCAUGCUGAUAUCAACACCCCCGAGUCGACCGAUAGUGGAAACAUCCACGGCUGCCCCGUCUCGUUCUUGCUCGGAAUCGCCGGCCAGCUCAAGGAGUUUGCCUGGGUCAAGCCCUGCCUCACUCCCGACCGUCUCGUCUACAUCGGUCUCCGUGACGUCGACGCUGGCGAGAAGAAGAUCCUCCGUGAGAACGGCAUCAAGGCCUUCUCCAUGCACGAAGUCGAUAAGUACGGCAUUGCCAAGGUCGUCGAGAUGGCCAUCGAGCACGUCUCUCCCGGCGGCUCCCGCCCCAUCCACCUCAGCUUCGACGUCGAUGCCCUUGACCCCACCGUUGCCCCCUCCACUGGUACCCCUGUCCGUGGAGGUCUCACCUUCCGUGAGGGCCACUACAUCUGCGAGGCCGUCCACGAGACCGGUGCUCUCGUCGCCAUGGACUUGAUGGAGGUCAACCCCUCGCUCGAGGACGACCAGGCCGUCUUCCAGACCGUCACCAUCGGAUGCUCGCUCGUCCGCUGUGCCGUCGGUGAGACUCUCCUCUAA